AUUUCCGAGGAUUGGACACCCGCCAUGAAUUCACCGAUUUUCUUUACCAUGGCAUGGUUGAUGCCGGGAUCCAUGUCUUUAGGGAUUCUGAAUCGCUCCACGUUGGUAAUAAAAUCGGUGAUGAGCUUCUACAAGCAAUAGAACAGUCCAAGAUCUACAUCCCCAUAUUUUCCAGGAAAUAUGCUUCAAGCCGGUGGUGCCUCCGGGAGCUCGCACACAUGGUCGAGUGCACCUCGAGAUCAAAUGAGAAAAAAGAGAUUCUGCCUAUUUUCUUGAACGUGGAACCUCUUGAUGUCAAGCUCAGAACAAACUUAUAUAGAGAAGCCCUUUCAAAGCACCAGGAAAAGUUCGCCACUGAAGUAGAGUCAUGGGAAAACGCUCUCAAUGAGGUGGGUGAGAUAAAGGGAUGGAAUUGGAAGAAAGGUGAAAGCCAAGUACAUCUGUUACGGUCUGUAAUUCAAACUGUAUUGGCCAAGCUGAAUGCCAGAUGUAAAAAGAAUGUAACUGAAGAUCUAGUUGGAGUUGAUGAUCGUGUAGAAGCAAUAAUCAGAUUGUUGGAUGUGGAAUCAAAUGGUGUCCAGUUUCUCGGAAUCUACGGAAUGGGCGGGGUUGGAAAAACAACACUUGCAAAGGUUGUCUUCAACCAACUGUCUUCUCACUUCCAAUGUUGCAAUUUUCUUUCGGAUGUUCGAGAGUCAUCAGAACGACACGGUUUGGUAUAUUUGCAAGAAAAGUUGUUAUCCAAGUUCCUUGACUCUGGUUGUGUCAACCAAAUUCAUGACGUGGACGAAGGGAUCAACAUGAUUAAGAGACUACUUUGAAAUAGAAAAGUUCUCAUCGUUCUUGAUGAUGUAGAUGAGAAAAAGCAACUCAAAAGUCUAGCAGGAAAAGGUAACUGGUUCGGUUAUGGUAGUAGGAUUAUCAUAACUACUAGGGACCAAAGUGUCCUAAUGAUCGAGGGAGAAGCAACAAGUGAAGGCCUUGCAACAAAGCCUGCAAAUGUUUCCACUUACGAAGUAGAGGAAAUGAAAUUUGAUCAUGCUCUUAAACUUUUUAGUAGGCAUGCCUUUAGAAGAGACUCACCACCAGAGAAUUAUAUCUCCCUUUCAGAAGACAUGGUCUCUACUCUGGAAAAGCUCCCUUUAGCUCUUGAAGUUACCGGUUCAUCCCUUUCCGGUAAAUCCGAAGCAUUUUGGGCAGACACUUUGAAGAAGCUAGAAAAAGCUCCUCCCAUGGAAAUCCAAAAAACAUUAAAGAUAACUUAUGAAAGGCUAGAUGAUGCACAAAGGCAAAUAUUUCUUGAUAUAGCUUGUUUUUUUGUUGGUAAGGACAAAACCUACCCUUUCUACAUGUGGGAUGACUGUGAAUACUGCCCACACAAUGCCAUUGAAGUCCUCUCUCUCAUGUCCUUGAUAAAAAUCAAAGAUGACAAUACUUUUUGGAUGCAUGACCAAGUGCGAGACCUCGGAAGGGCAAUCGUCCGUCAAGAGAAUUCCAAAUAUCCCUUCGAGUGUAGCAGAGUUUGGAAUCAUCGGGAGGCCUUGCGAAUUCCGAAGCAGAAAGAGGGAAGUAGGAAAAUAGAAGCACUGUCAACAGGAAAUCGUGGAGACAUUGUAACGCAUGAAGAAGUUACUAAUUUGCAAAAGCUGAGGUUCUUUGAAACGAAUGGGGCGUUCCUUGUCGGAGACUUCAAUAACCUUCUCCC